AUGACCGACGCGAGGCUGAGGAACUACUCUGUCGCUAAACCUUCCGAAUCUGUAGCUCUCAAUCUGCAAACCCGAAAAGAGCUCAGACAUUUGCUUGUGAUACUCGUUAUCGCGCUCAAGGAAGCUCUACAAGGUGUCUUUCCUGGCUUCAACAUGGUAGCGCAGCAUAUAGUGCUGCGUCUGGCUAGGCAGACUGCCAGGAGACAAUUGCUGCGCCCGGCUCUGGUUCAGCGGCGCAACUAUGCGGAACGCAGUGAUUCGAUCCUGAGCUCCGACCCUUCUUUCAAAAGUAGUCAGUCAACAGCAGGCGUUCCUCUAGGCCCGGGAGGACCAGGCGCGUCGGCUCCCGCUCCAGCAACUCCCGCGACCCCCUCGUCAACGACGCCCAUUCCGCCAGCACAGAAGGUGCCUUCAGCACAAGCCGAUGUCGCGAAAGUCCAGACCAGUCCGCCAACCACCACUGGAUCGACAAGUGCAGCCGCCCCCCCUCCGCCACCACCCCCGACACCCCCAACUCCCGCCCCUAAGAAGCGCUUCCGCCCAUUCAGAUUCCUCCUGUGGCUGAUCGUGCUCUCUGCUCUGGGUUACAGUGGAGCGGUCUUUUAUGCCCUUAGAUCUGAUAAUUUCCACGACUUCUUCACCGAGUACGUGCCCUUUGGCGAGGAUGUCGUUCUAUGGUUUGAGGAGAGGUCAUUCCAAAAGCGCUUCCCCAACGCACGAUUGAACAAUUAUAAGUCUGGACGUUCAACUCCAGAAAAUGACGAGAAGAUCAAAAUCCCGUGGAAGUCUGGCCUUUCGUGGAAAGCGGUGGAUGAGAAGGAUGGCAAGGACUCUUCCGACGUCAGCCAGAAAGGCCGACAUAUGAGCGCCGUCGUUGCUAAAGACCCGAAUCCCGCUGCCCCAGCUGGAGGUCCGCCGAAAGAUGUUGCCAAAGCUACCCAGGCUGCCAAAGACAAGUCUCCAUCCAGGAAGACCGAGAGCUUGAACGCGCCCAAGCCCGAUUCCCAGCCGGUAUCGCAGCCGGAGACAAAGCCUGAAGCACCAACAACCCCCAAGCCUGCCGAGAAAGGGACGGAGGCCACUCAUCCUAGCCCCGCAACUCCUUCACCCAAGUCAGAUCCUCGCCCACCGGUCAACGCGCCUGUCUCACAGAUCUCUCCGCUGCAAGUGCCCAAUGCCGAGGAACCUGUGGUGCAGGAGCUAGUCAAGAUCUUGAACGAUUUGAUCACUGUUGUAAACGCCGAUCAGGGGGACGCCGCCAACAAGCUCUCAUCUCCAAUGACCAAAGCAAAGGACUCGCUCGCAGCCGUUGCCAGUAAGAUUAGUACUCUGCGCGACGCGGAGCGCACCGCUGCGGAAGAGCGUGUGGCCCAAAUGCAUAAGGAGUUCGAUGAAGGUGCCAAGCAACUUCUUCAGCGUAUAGAAACGGCUCAGCGUGAGGAUGAAGCUCGCUUUCGUGACGAUUUCGAGAGUGAGCGCGCGAAAUUGGCCCAGGCGUACGAUGAGCGACUGAAGAAUGAAGUCGAGCGCAGUAAUGCCGUUGCUGAGCAGCGCCUCAAGAACCAACUUGCCGAGCAAGCCAUUGAGCUGAAGCGUGGAUUUGUCUCUGAGAUCCAGUCUCUCGUGGAGCAGGAACGCGGCGGUCGUCUGUCCAAGCUCACCGACCUGUCCACCAACGUUGAUGACCUGACCCAGCUCACCUCAAACUGGAACGGCAUCAUCGACUCCAAUCUUGCAACGCAGAAACUGCAAGUAGCAGUCGACAGUGUUCGCACUGCGCUCGCCGCCUCGACUUACAACGAGACAAAGCCCCAGCCAUUCGUCCGUGAGAUGGCCGCUCUCAAGCUUGUCGCUGACGGAGACCCGAUCGUGGAUGCUGCUAUCGCCUCGAUCAACCCCUCUGCUUAUCAAAAGGGUAUCCCUUCGCAGCCUCAGUUGGUCGAUCGUUUCCGCCGCGUUGCAUCUGAGGUCCGCAAAGCCUCCCUGCUGCCUGAGGAUGCGGGCAUCGCGUCCCAUGCCGCGAGCUUCGUGCUCUCGAACGUAAUGUUCAAGAAGCACGGACAACCACAGGGCGUUGACGUGGAAAGCAUUCUCACGCGCACAGAGACUAUGUUGGAAGAAGGCAAUAUCGACGGUGCAGCUCGUGAGCUCAAUGGCUUGAAGGGGUGGGGUAAGAUUCUCAGCCAGGAUCUUCUGGGCGACAUGCGAAAGGUGCUUGAGGUGCGACAGGCGCUAGAUGUUAUUGAGGCAGAAGCGCGGCUACAGUGCUUGCGUGUCGAGUAA